AUGGUUGACAUGCGGCCUUUUCUUCUUCUCAGUUCUCAGUUCACUCGGCCAAUUGUGAUGAGUAAAAGUCCUCAAAACUCACAUUUUCAAGCUCCUCUCCGUGAUCAAGAAGGAUGGUAUAAACCGCAUUUCGAAAAAAGCACUGGAGUACCCACAGCUUCUUGGAGAAACGACCAGGCAACAGAAGUCGAAGGCAGAUUGGAGGGUGAUGAGAUAGAUCUGGAGGACGGUAAUCGAACAACAGCAGUCUCUAGUUUUCCUCCUCAAGAUGCACCUCCAGAGGCUCAGAUCGACGAUAAUGAAGGGCGACACCUUGAACCAAAGCCUGAAUACGCAGACCGUCCACUCGAUACACCUCAUCUUCAGAAUGGCAGUGAAAAUAUCGGUGUAGCAAAAGCAACACCCGUACUUGAACUCAAAGAUAAAUCUGCCAAGAGCACUAUUCGGGGUCGGGGACGAAUCGAAAUCGUGAAUACCUCCAUCGGGACUAUAACGGGCAAACCUGUGCAGCUGCUUCAGGAUGAAAAACACGCAGGAGAAGAUGGAGACUCCAGGGACUUGCGUUUGAUUGCGUUAAAAAACUUUGUUCUUUCCGACUUUCUAUUCAGGGCAGGUACUCUAAGUUACUUGCUAUUCCUCGUCAAAAUUCUUCGAAAGAUCUGGACAAUGUUCCAAAAUCAAAUUUCUGUUGCUGUUGGACAUCUGGCUCUCAGUGUGGCGUUGUUUAUUUUGACUCGAUAUUGGGGCACAAAACCAGCUCUAACACAAGUCAUUGGCAAAAGAUCGAGGUUUUCACACAUUAUUGUCGAUACCAUGAUCCUAGUAGGUGCUUUCAUCUGCACUACUAUUGUCUGGUUGAUGAUGUCUGUCAUUGGAGAAUCAGUAGUAAUGCUCAGGAUGUACUUUUAG